UCAACCAGUAUCAACUAACUCACUUUGUCACGCUCAUUAAGUCGAUACCGCCUAUUAGAUUCUUGAACGCUUGAGGAGCGGUGGCAAACGUAUGUGGCGCACAUAACUCCUCCCUACGCGUCAAGGCGAGAUAAAGCCCGAGUCGCAGGCUGCCUGACGGAAACACGGACGAACAGACGGACGGACGGACGGACUAGGACCGACGGACUAGGACCGACGGACUAGGACCGACGGACCAAGCAAGGGACCGGGGUGCUGCUGGCUGAGUGACUGACUGAGCAGUGGGAAAAAGCUGUUGGCCCGCGUUGUUCGCCCUGGGCUAAGAAAUGCACGACGGAGCUCGCCAGAACUAAUAUCAUCAAGUACAGAGGGGCACGAAGAGGGGAAAGAAAAACUCGCCCAAGUUCCCGCAUGACAAGACUCCCAGUUUUUCCUCCCGACGUUAUUGCCGUUGUGAUAAUUGAGAUGUUCCCUCUGCAUAAUACGGCAGAAGUGGAGAGUUAGUGAUUUGCUUGUUCAGCCAUUAGAUCUAUAUGAGGGAAAUGAAGAUACUAAUGUAUGGAAGAAAUGAAGUGAAGUGAAAUCAAACCAUGAUCGAAGAAACCAUCGAAGCAAUGCAGCGCUCAAGCCAUGAAGAGACAACCACGGGAGCUUCCACCAAGUUGAGUGACAAAGCAAAACGGUUUUCUCCAUUCAGCGUCGAUUCGCUACUAUCUAAAAAGCAAGCCACAACUAGGACCAAAUUUUUGCAUUCAUAUCAGACCGAGGAAGCUUCAAAUGUGCCAUAUUCCCAAGCGAUCGUGGAAAAUCAGUCAGAUGAAGAACAGAACGAAGAAGGUGAAGAGGAACACAAAGAACUUAUCGACGAGGAGGAGCAGCAGCCUGGUGAUGAAGAUGAGGAAGAACAUGACCAUCAACCACAACCGUCCCAUCACGAGGAAGAGGAUGUCCACAUCGAAGAGGACGAAGACGAUGUCAUCGAUGAGGAUGACGUCGAGGAUGGUGGCGAUGAUGAUGCUGGCGUUGGCACGCUAGCUGAUUCAUCUCAGUUAUCCGACCCCGAAAGCACACUUGAAAAGCUCAGUCAUCCUAUUCCGUUGCACCCGAGAUUUCCUUUGGGUUUUCCAUUGGCACCAAUGUCACUAUGGUCACGGUUAUCGAACAGUUCUUAUACGGGAAUGACACCCUCGAGGGCGGCGGUGACGGCAGCAUCAACACCGCCGUUCACUUGGCUUUCCUCCCACCAAUUCCGUGCGCCAACAAAUUCAACGCUCUUUGCGGGAAGACACGAUAUGCCGCGGCCUCAUCUUGGACCACUGCGAUGUACUUUGCGGAAGCACAAACCCAACCGAAAACCGCGGACUCCCUUCACUACUCAGCAGCUUAUGGCUUUAGAAAAGAAGUUCCGAGAAAAGCAAUAUCUGUCCAUUGCAGAACGGGCAGAAUUCUCAAACAACUUAAAUCUCACGGAAACGCAGGUGAAAAUAUGGUUUCAAAACCGAAGAGCGAAAUCCAAAAGACUUCAAGAAGCUGAGAUAGAAAAGAUACGAAUGGCCCACAGACCCUUCUUUUCUCCCUCGAUUGGGCUUUUCCCGUCUUUGAAUAACUACACGUCAUUUGGAGGAUCUUUAGUACAAUCAUCUAACCUUGCCAUAACCACUCAAGACUCCAGAAGAUCCUUUUCCCCGCAGAGAAAGUCCGAAUUUCAUAAUUCUGGGACAACAUUACCCGCAGUUUCCGCUAAUAAUUCUGAUUGUUGAAUAAAUGAGCCAUCUCAGUAUUAAAGUUCGUGUUUGCUGUGUGUUGAUCCUCCGCUCUCCUCGCUCGUGAACUCGUCUUGGUUGGAAAUUGUAUGUCC